AUGGCAGCCUUUUCGCUACCAAGUAAAAGCGUGCACGAUAUUUGCAAUGCCCUACUCGAAGCUGCAGAUGAACCUGGUGGCCUGUGCGAACAGCAUAGCCACGUAACCGACAAUGGAAUGAAAGAUCUUCGGGAGCUACUGGGUAAGUAUGGUGAUAUAUUCCUAUUACAAGGGUCUAACCAGAAAGCAUCAGACGUUGUUGUAAUUAUAGUCGACGCCGGCGAAGUUAGAUUUGUUUCGCAGCCACUCAGAUGCAUACCACGCAUUGCUGGAAGAGGUGUACCAUCUGGUGAAAGAAAUGACCAGAGGCAAAUUAACAGAGCCACUACAGGCCCCAUGGAUCGUACCAAUUCCUCUAGUAAAAGGACAAAAAUCUGCGGUUGCGCGGUUGUCAAACUACCUACGCUGGUCAGCUUGAUUCUUUAUUCUAGAAUUUAA